GGUGGUUUUACAGGAAAGCAUCCUCCUUGCUCUCUCACUUCCUUCACCUUCUCCUAGAAAGCACAUUAUAUUCAUGCCGGAGUGAACUACUUCUUCACCAGCAUGAUCGUUUGAGGUUCCCCAGAUGAUCUCACAGGUGCAGGAGAAAGGCCAGAGUGCGAAUAACCAAGAUGCAGACGGGUUUACAGAGGUGAGACGGUCACGGAGCCGAGGGCAAGUAACACAAGUGGUUUUUGAGGCUGGAGGUUCUAAAAAAGCCCCGGAAGUGGAAAGUGGAGAGAGGAUGCUGCUAGGAGGUUCAGAAACGCUGGCAGUUUCAAACAGUUUUGGUGGGUUAAUGGAGGAAACUGUUGUAAGUGAGGAGCAACAGAAUAACACUAUGAGAGAGGAUAAUAAGGAGAACGAAGGCUCACAGAUGCUGGUGAACCAGAAUCAAGGGGUGGCUCAGAUUCAGAGCAAGUCUAAUGUGGGAAAGGGAGUUGUUGGGAAUGGUGGUUUUCGUGCAGGGGAUCAGGAGAAGAAAUCAGGAGCUAGUAAAUCAGGGAAGCACCAGGUAGUGAGAGGUAAAAACAUGAGAUCUUCUGCUCCUGGGAGAGGUUUGGUGUUUGGCCCAAUAAGAGGUGAAUCUGAUGGGAUAUCUCCGGGUAAACGCCUUAGAGUGGAGACUGUGAGUGCGGGGAGAGCAGGUGGAGUAUACACGAAUGGUGCUGAGAACAUAGAGAAGUCUACCUCGCGGCAAAUCGUGGAAUCUGUGGGGAUUGUGGGUGGUACAAACCCAGCAGGGGGUAAUUCUUCAAUGGAAAUUGUUCUCCAAGAGAGGGUAAUGACCACUGAGGGCGUUAAUGGGGCUAAAUAAUAUUUAUCCCUGGCAGUUCUUUGUGA